UCCCAUCCCAAGCUCCACGCCGACGACGCGCGCGCCAGGCACGGCCACGCACCUCGCUCCCCGCACUCCGAUCCCGUGCCAGCUCCGCGACGAUGGGCCGCGCCACCCUCGCGGUCGCGGCGCUGCUCCUGGCGGCGGCGGCCGCCCGAGGCGCCUCGGCGGCGGCGCUGCAGUGCGCGCAGGUGGCGCAGCUCAUGGCGCCCUGCAUGCCCUACCUGACGGGCGCGCCCGGGCUGACCCCCUACGGCAUCUGCUGCAACUGCCUCGGCGUGCUCAACCAGCUCGCCGCCGCGCCCGCCGACCGCGUCGCCGCCUGCACCUGCGUCAAGGCCGCCGCCGGGGGCUUCCCGUCCGUCGACUUCGCGCGCGCCGCGGGGCUCCCCGCCUCCUGCGGACUCUCCAUCAGCUUCACCAUCUCCCCCAACAUGGACUGCACCCAAGUUACGGAGGAACAACCGUGAGAUCAUCAGCCGGACAAAUUGUUCAAGUCGCAUCGCAUCAUCCAUCCCACGAAAUAAAACAAGCAAAGAUACACCGGUCAAGAUCAGCGAUCUAUGCUUGUUACUGCGCAUGCAUCGAUCUCGUGCUCUCUUCUUUUUUCCAUUCAAUUUGAUUUAUCUGAUUUUUGCUUGUUGUUUUUGUUUCUGUGUUUUUGAACUUGUUUUCGCGGAUCACCACGUGCGUCAGUGCUUG